AUGGCGAACGACGAGUAUGAUUUCCUCUUCAAAGUUGUUCUUAUUGGAGAUUCUGGAGUCGGUAAAUCCAACCUCUUGAGUCGUUUCACUCGCAACGAGUUCAAUCUCGACUCUAAGUCUACAAUCGGCGUCGAAUUUGCGACUCGGUCCAUUCAGGUCGAUGCCAAAACCAUUAAGGCGCAAAUCUGGGACACUGCUGGGCAAGAGCGAUACCGCGCCAUCACCUCCGCAUACUACAGAGGCGCUGUCGGUGCCCUUCUAGUCUAUGAUAUCAGCAAGCAACAGACAUAUGACAACGUCACUAGGUGGUUGAAAGAGCUGAGAGAUCACGCUGAUUCCAAUAUCGUUAUCAUGUUGGUUGGAAACAAGAGCGACUUGAGGCACCUGCGGGCAGUUCCCACUGACACUGCGAAGCAAUUUGCGAGUGAAAACAACCUUUCUUUCAUCGAGACGUCUGCCCUAGACGCCAGCAACGUAGAGCUUGCCUUCCAGAACAUCCUUACUGAGAUUUACCGUAUCGUCUCCAGCAAGGCACUAGACCAGGGUGAAUCUUCACAAGGUCCCAUUGGCGAGCGCAAGGUCCUCGAGAUCAGCAAAUCGGCUGAUACCGAAGCCAAGGGCGGCAAGUGCUGUUAA